CAAAACCAACCUCAAGGAGACUCUCCAUUGUAGACAUCCAGAGAAGCUCCAGUGCCAGUGCCUAGAAACAAACGGAGAGACCCAGAAGAUGAAGACCUGUCUCAGCCUCCUCCUGCUCUUGCUAGGCCUCUAACAAGCUCAACCUCUGGUGGGAGAACAAAGUGUGGCUGAUGUCCUAGAAGACAAUGAGGACAUGGAUAUCAGCACCAGGAUUCUGAUCUCAAACAACGGCUCCAGUGAGCUUUUGCUGGAGGGUGACUUGCUUCUCCCAACAACCAGAAACGCCAUGAAGUGUUUUAGAAACAACUGCCUGUGGAAAAAGUCCUCAAAUGGCCUUGUGACCAUUCCCUACACAGUGAGCAGCGCCUACACCUCUGCGGAGACGUCAAGAAUUGUGAACGCAUUGCAGUCCUUCCACCAGAGCACCUGCAUCCGCUUUGUUCCCCGCCGGAACCAGUACGACCACAUCAGCAUUCAGAGCAGAGGUGGAUGCUACUCCUCUCUGGGCAGGACAGGAGGCAUGCAGGUACUCUCUCUCAGGAGAUCGGGGUGCAUGUCCUACGGCAUCAUGCAGCAUGAGGUGAACCACGCUCUGGGCUUCAACCACGAGCAGACCAGGAGUGACCGUGACCAGUAUGUCAAGAUAAACUGGAAGAACAUUAAUCCAAGCAAUGCCUACAACUUCGAGAGGCAGAACACCAACAACCUGAACACCCCCUACGAUUACACCUCCAUCAUGCACUACGGCAGAACAGCCUUUUCCAUAAAUGGACGAGACAGCAUCACCCCCAUCCCAAACUCCAGAGUUCAGAUCGGCCAGAGAAAGGGAAUGACCCGGAAUGACUUCCAAAGGAUCAACCGACUCUAUCGUUGCUAAGACCAACAACCAGUUGUCUGCA